GAGGGGAGGAAAAGGGAUUUUCUACAUGUUUUAGUUUUUGUUAUUUUUGUAGGUGCUGGAGAGAACCUGGAAAACACGAUGGCAGCCUUUCACCAUGCAGUUAAUAUAGGAACAGAUAUGUUGGAGCUAGAUUGUCACCUGACAAAAGAUGAGCAAGUGGUUGUGUCCCAUGAUGAGAACCUGAAGAGAUCAACAGGAGUUGAUGUCAACAUAUCUGACCUCAAAUAUUCUGAACUUCCACCAUAUCUCUGCAAGCUGGAUGUCACAUUUCAGAAAGAAUGUCACUGUGAGGGAGAAGACAACCGUAUUCCACUCCUGAAAGAGGUGUUUGAGGCAUUUCCACAAACUCCUGUCAACAUUGACAUCAAAGUGAACAACAAUGUCUUGAUCAAAAAGGUUUCAGAGCUGGUGAGUCAGUAUAAGCGAGAGCAUUUGACGGUGUGGGGGAAUGUCAACUACGAGGUUGUAUCAAAAUGUCUUAAGGAGAAUGCUGACAUUCCCAUCAUCUUCUGUUUGCAACGUGUCCUCCUGCUCCUGGGCCUGUUCUACACCGGUCUGCUGCCAUUCAUUCCUUUCAAGGAAGAAUUCUUGGAAAUUCCCAUGCCUUCAAUCAUCCUCAAGCUGAAAGAACCAGAGAAGAUGACAAGAAGCCAGAAAUUUAUUAUCUGGCUAGCUGACACAUUGCUAAUGAGGAAAGCACUUUUUGACCACCUCACUGCUCGGGGCAUUCAGGUGUAUAUUUGGGUACUGAAUGAAGAACAAGAAUACAAGAGGGCAUUUGACCUGGGAGCAACUGGGGUGAUGACAGACUAUCCAACAAAACUUAAGGAGUUUUUACACAAUUAUCCAUCAUAAAGGAAGAAAAUCAAGGAAGUUCUUGCAGAAUAGAUUGUGAGCCAAGGAUUUUCUUCAUUUUAAAACAAAAAAAGUGGCAUACACAGGUCAUAUUGUUUGAAAGAUGUAAUUGGAUGAUCUAUUACCUUGUUGUCAAGUUGUUAUCUAAUGUAAAGGUUGUUUAUUUAUUUUUAAACUUUAAUUACAUAGUUUACAUUUGUAAAUAGCUCAUUUAGCAACGGUGCACUUCACAAAUAGCAACGACUAGGAAGAAAGUUGCUGGAUAGGAUACCUGUAGAUAAUAAACAUUAUUUUACCAGUCACAAGUGUUCCUAAGCAGAUGUCAAGACAUGUCAGUUAGAUUCUAGUGGGCAGAAACUAAAGAAUUUCUGAAAGUGUACCCUGUGUGUAUGCAUUUCUCCUGUUGCUUUUAGUUUUCAGAUAACUUGUAGGGCAAAAAAGAAAAACAACGCACAGGAAAAAUAGAAAACAGAAUCUGUGGAUAGCCGGAUAGUUUAGCCGGUGAAGUGUAGUCAGUAAUGUUGGUCACUUUUUUAACCAAAAUUAAUGCACUUGGUCAGUAUAGAUUUACUCCAUUAUUCUUAAAAGAACGUUGAGCUUGAGUUGCAGCUGUAUUUAGAGCCCUUCCUGAUGUGAGGGUAAUACUGGGACUCAUCCAUCAAGGUCUAGAUAGAGUAUUUAAGCCAGUUUCUGUGUGUGACCCUGAGUUCCACUGCAGGGGUCUGGGUUUGCCCCUGGUUCUGACAUGCCUGUCAGGCUACCAUGGCAUGGCAGUAGCUAGCCUCCCAGAAAGGAAGAUUGCACUUACACUUUGGAAUAGUCUUUUCACAAAGGAAGCCAAUUUUUUUAGAAGUCUCUUGCACAUUUAUAGUUCUAACAUCUGUUGGCUUGGUGAAUGGGAAGUUAUUUUUAGAGUGAGGGACCAAAGAAGACGUCAUUUUGGUCAGGAGUUUCAGGAAAAAAUUAAAAUGUUCCUAUUAAAUGAAUUCACCCAAAGCAGAUUUAUAUGGAUACUUACAAAAAGGAGCAAGUGUCAGUCUAGAUGGUGUGUAAAUUUUAGUGUUUUCUCUCCGCAAAAGUACAUUCAAUAUUCAUUAAGUUUAUGUGUAUGGACAUAGAAGUAACUUUACUGGCAAAAGUCAGGAAACCCCAAGCGUGAUGGAAUGGGGUUAGAUAAGGUAUUUCUGGAACCUUACAUGCUGUUCUGUCACUGUGAACAGGUGUCACGUGUGUAUCAAACAGAUUUGAGCCUGCCACGCCUGUGUGUUUUGGUAUCGUCAUGUUAGUGGUAGGGGUUUUCAGAAGGAAUUUCGUUACUGUAGCUUAUUUAUACACAAUGACAUGUAUAAAGCUCAGUCAUCUAAUCAUCAGAUACUGCUGGAA